CUCUCGCCCCGCCCCGGCGCCGCUCGCAGCCUUUAUACAGCGGCGGCUGCAGCGGCUUUGCUUCGGCUGCUGUGAGCCCGGCUGGCCGGCGAGGCAAGGUAAGAAUCAGGAUGCCGAACUGGGGAGGAGGUAACAAAUGUGGUGCCUGCGGCCGGACAGUCUACCAUGCUGAAGAAGUCCAGUGCGAUGGGAGGAGUUUCCACAGAUGCUGUUUUCUCUGCAUGGUCUGCCGGAAAAACUUAGACAGCACAACUGUAGCAAUUCAUGAUGCUGAAGUUUACUGCAAAUCCUGCUACGGAAAAAAGUAUGGUCCUAAAGGUUAUGGUUAUGGCCAAGGAGCAGGCACUCUCAAUAUGGACAGAGGGGAGAGGCUGGGUAUCAAGCCUGACAACACUCCUUCUCCUCAUCGACCUACAACAAAUCCAAAUACUUCAAAGUUUGCUCAGAAAUUUGGAGGUUCAGAGAAAUGCUCCAGAUGUGGUGAUUCUGUUUAUGCUGCUGAGAAAGUAAUCGGAGCUGGAAAGCCUUGGCACAAAAAUUGUUUCCGAUGUGCCAAGUGUGGCAAGAGUCUAGAAUCUACAACCCUUACUGAGAAAGAAGGUGAAAUUUAUUGUAAAGGUUGUUAUGCCAAGAAUUUUGGUCCCAAAGGAUUUGGAUACGGCCAGGGAGCAGGUGCCCUUGUUCAUGCUCAGUGAAGGAGCAGCUGAAGUCAACCUCCUGUAACUCACUGAAAUUCUUCCUCUGUGAAAAGGAACUGCUUCUUAUGUGUUACUAACUACUGUGAAACUGAUACUAGUUUAUUACUGCUAACGCAAAGUUUUUAUCAAAUAUUAAAACACUGCAUAAUUCUCUUUGCUUGUGUAUGCCAUGUUAACACUCAUAGCACUGCUAUUCCUCUCUAAUAAACCUUUGCAUAAUAUGACUCUUCACUAUUAAAAAAAAAAAAAAGAAAAACAUUCAGUCUUUGAGUGUCAUAGUGUGAGCAGAGCUGGAAUGAGAUGCCUGUAGGUGGUGUGUGAUUUAUAUCACAGCUCAGCCUUCAUGAGAAAUGUUUCUUGUAGGGAGAGAUGAAGUUAACCAUGAAAUUAGGCAGAAAGCUUCUUUGAGAGAGAGUUGUGGUUUUGUUUUUGUUUUUUUGACCAAAUUGCUGUCUAAGGUAGGGAUUCUCAACUGGGGAGCUAGAGUACUUGGGGGUGCCAUGAAAUCAUUUGAAGGGUGAGAUGUGAAGAAAUAAGCACAGGCUCAGACUUGAUCCCUAGCUGGCCAUGCCCCUGCUACCUAGCCUAUCUGCAAGAAAAUAAGCAAAGUAAAACAUGUUUGUUCUUUUGAAAUGGGGUGGUGCUCAAGUCACAGAAAGUUUGGGGACAGAGGGAAUGAACAUCUUAAACCUAUUGAGAGGUGCUGGAGUCUGAAAAAGAAAGAUGCUAUUCUGAGGCCUGCUUUUUGCCUAAUCUCUUAAAAUGACGGGUGAGGAGCCAUUGAAAUCAUGACCGAAGCAGCACAGAGCUUAAAAUAAAUAUGAAAUUCUCCACCUAUGACAAUCAAUUGUAACUCAAAGAUCUUAUUGCCAGCACCACCGCACAGGCCUCAGUGGCAAAGGGCUGAAUCCAUUUUCUCAAACCAACAUGGCAAAAAAAGUUUUUCUUCCAAGGAUUCCCUUAAGGGAAGACUCAUACCUUAAGUCUGUGCUUUUGGUAAAGAAAAGGAGGGCUCUCCAUCCCUGGAAACGUUCAAGAGCAAGAGAGACAGACAGAUUAGGGUGACGGGUUAGUCAGAGAUGAUCCUGCCCUGAGUAGGGGUCUGGACUAAACGAUCUCAUGCAGUCUCUUUCCAGUCCUGCUUUCCUUUGUUCCUCAGCCACUUCCACUUAGGCCUGAGCAAGCAACCAGAAAUCACAAUAAUUGCUAAAGAACUGGGAUUGCUUUAAUCUACCUGUCUUCGUCCUUGUGCACUUUGGAAGUGAGAGAGAGAAAGCAAGCCUGGCUCUACUACCUUCAUUAGAAUAAACAUUUUGCAAGGUGAGUUGCUACUCUAGAUGCUGAACAAUCAGGGAUUAAUUUCCCCAAGGGACUAUUGUAGUAUCUGGGAAGCACAAAAGCAUGAUAAUGCUCCCUUCAACUAGCUCUUGUUAAGGAAAUGGUAUAAAAGCACCCUGCUAGGAGAACCCUCCAAAUUUGUUAAGCUGCGUUAUGCCUGAUCUGUGCAGUUGGAGCAAUGGAAAAUGCACAGAAGUUCCAAAAACAUUAAUUGGGCCUCAUACUUAGUUUUGCAAGGUUCUCUAACAACCUGGGAAUGUCACUUCACUGGCAGGCUUAAGUGAGAAAGAUUUGUUAAGCUGAAGGAUAAAUGCAUUUGCACACUAAAUUAGCCAUUAGUAAGUGGAGAACUAGGGUACUGCUUCUAUCAGAAAUGUGUUUAUUUAACACAUGAACUUGAAAGGAGAAAACAUAUCAAGGCUCCUGGGUAAGAUUAACUUUGGUUCCUCUGUUACAGCCUCUAACUAGCCAGCAUAGGCCCCUUUGUUAACUGUACCUUAAUUCUUCACACCAAUACCAGAGUAAACUUCUUCAUAUUUUGCCAUUUGUGCUAUAAAAGGCUGACCACCACUGUAUGCCAUAUUGAAGCCAAACUAAUACACUUCACAAAAAAGAUGCACACUACUUAAGCAGUAGUUAAAUAUUCCUUAACAGCAACUUAUAUUAUUUGCUGUAGCCACAGUGAGCCGAUACAUGAUUAUGUAAGGGCGCAGCAUUAACAAAAAGUCUGUUUUUAUGUUGGGCACAUUGAAGCCUUGUUCAUUUUCUAUAAUAAACUUUUUAAUUUUUAAACAAA